GGUUAAGCCGAUGUGCAUAUUGUAAUAGUUACUUGAAAACGAGUUAUGGAUGGCAGCUCCUCGUCGUCAAUGCUCUCGUCCCGUGGCGGUGAUGUGCCCUCGACAGUGCAAGUGGCACUCAGAAUUCGUCCACAGGGCAAUCGCGAAAAACUCGAAGGUAGUCGUGUGUGCACUUCCGUUAUUCCUGGCGAACCUCAGGUUACCAUUGGUACUGACCGAUCGUUCACUUAUGAUCACGUAUUUGAUCAAGCUACUCAACAAAUUGAAAUUUACGACUCAUGUAUAGAAAGGCUAGUGAAUGGCCUCUUUGAUGGUUACAAUGCUACGGUACUUGCUUACGGACAGACUGGUUCUGGUAAAACAUAUACUAUGGGUACGGCUUUCGAUACUGGUACCAUCUCUGAGCAUGAAAUUGGAGUAAUCCCAAGAGCUCUUGCUCACGUUUUUCGUCGAGUUGUUGAAUUGAAGCGGGAAGCAGUGGAGAACGGUGUAUUGGAGCCCACGUUUGAGAUAUCUGUGCAGUUCAUAGAGUUGUAUAACGAAGAAAUCAUCGAUUUGUUGACAAAUGACCGUUCUUCCUCGUUUAACAUACGAAUUCACGAAGAUACACAAGGAGAGAUUUACCUUCAUGGUGUGACGAGUAGGCCGGUAUCUGAUCUGCAUUCUACUCUGGAUAUUCUAAAGAAUGGAGCUUUGAAUCGAACUGUAGCAGCGACAAAUAUGAAUGAACAGUCAUCGCGUUCACAUGCGAUUUUCUCCAUUCACAUAAAACAACAAAGAGUAGUUGUGUCGGAUGUUCCAAGUCAGGAGAUUGAGAUGGAACUGUUAUCCGCAAAAUUCCACUUCGUGGAUCUUGCCGGAUCUGAGCGAUUAAAGCGGACUGGUGCUACUGGAGAUAGAGCUAAAGAAGGAAUAAGCAUCAACUGCGGCUUGCUUGCCCUCGGAAAUGUAAUCAGCGCACUUGGUGGAGCCAAUGGAAAAGUCAGCCACGUUCCAUACCGUGACUCUAAGUUGACGAGAUUGCUGCAAGAUUCUCUUGGUGGAAACAGCCGAACGCUAAUGAUUGCUUGCGUAUCGCCUAGCGAUAGUGACUUUGUCGAAACCCUGAAUACUAUGAAGUAUGCCAAUCGUGCGAAGAAUAUCAAGAACAAGGUAGUUGCCAAUCAAGACAAGUCAUCCAAACUUAUUGGAGAGCUUCGUGGACGAAUCGCAUCUCUUGAAGCGGAGCUUCUCGAGUUCAAACAAGGCAGGAGAACUAUUGAUAGCGAUGGAGUUGAGACGGUCAAUGAUCAGUAUCAGGAGAAUGUGAUGCUCACGGCUGAAAUUAAUCAGCUGAGGUUCCGUGUCAAGGCACUUCAAGAAACAAAUGAGAUUCUUCGAAAUCGAAACGUUGAUCUUAUGGCAAAAGCCAUCGGAUCAAAUGGGUUAUCCGCUUCAUCGCCUACUGAUGAAAAUGGGGCGUCAUCUGAUGAUGGCAAUGACAACUCGUCCAGUGAGGUUUUGGAUCCUGUGCAAGCGACAUUGCGAAAGUAUCUCGACGAACUGGAGAGGACGCGAUCGCAGCUAUAUGAGUCCCAGGCUGUUUCAGACCAGCUGAGAAAGGAAAUGAACAAGUGGAAAAGCCAGGCCAUCUCCGGCGGAGUUGGAGUUGGAUUCCCAGCAAAUGCUGACCAUUCAUUCUCGUCGUUUGGUCAUCAACAGCUGAUUGAUGAGGCCCGCGCCGACAUUGAAAGACUCAGAAAGACCGUGUCUACUGCAUCAAACGAGGUGACGUCUGACUACGCUUCACAUGUUGAUACGGCCGAAGAAGAUGGUACGAGCAACGACGCUGAUGAACUGGAUGAAGAUGACGAAUAUGAUCAGGAUGUUGAUGAUGAGCAGGUGUUUGAAGAGGACAGCAAAGGAGCUGUGCUCAGGGACAAUCUAGCCAACUUGCAAACUGAGAUCAACAUCAAGGAAAGGUUAAUCGCCGAGCUCGAGCAAUCUGACCGACGUCUGGCUGAAGUACGCCUGACCUAUGAGAAAAAACUGACGGAACUGUCAGCUCAAAUCAAAAAGAUGGAGGCGGAAAGGGAUAAAGUUCUGAUGGAAGCUGAGGCUAAGAAAACCGACAAAGCUAGCCAGGAGCAAGCGAAGAGAAUCCGUGACGAGUACGAAAGGAAAUUAGCGGAUAUGAGAAAUGAGUUCAGAAAAUUGCAAAUGGUUGAAAGAGAACAUAAGAGAAUGCAGGCACGGCAAGAACGUGAGCGUCAAGAACUGAUGAGAUAUCAAGUCGAGCUGAAAGAGUUGAAGAGAGUCAAGGUCGACUUGAUGAAGAAGAUCAAAGAAGAAAUGAAGAGGGCUCAACAGCAGCAGAACAGCAAUGCGAAACGCCUAGCCGCUUUGGACAAGGAGGCUAGGAGAAGAGACAACCUCAUACGUCAGCUGGAAACGAAAGACAAACAACGAGAACAGUUUAUGAAACGAACAAAUGAGGAGAUCACUCGUUUGCGAAAAGCUCAAAAGGAACAGAUGAGACAGGCUCGCGCAGCCGCCGCUCAAAAUCGUAUGACCACCCCAAUGCGUGCAACUCCUGCGCGAAUGAACCGAACACCACAUGCCAAAGGGCAACCACCUCCGGAAAUAGCAUUCUCUCCAAAACAAGCGAAGAUGAAGUGGACAUUCAUCGAGAAAAGGCUUAGUCGAUUGGUCACUCAAAAGCAGACAGUCGGCAAGAUGGAAGAAGAGCUAAAUAGGCAAUUGGAAGAACGAACCCGGCUUGUGGACGAAAUUACAACUCUUGAACGUCGUUUUGUGCAAUUGCAAGAUGUCCAAGAGCGUGAAGCAGUGGCCGACCAGAUUGACGGCUGCCAUCUCAAACUGAACUAUGUCCAAGAUCAGAUAACCGAAGUUCAGAAAGCCAUCGUCGACGUCGACGGAUCAAAGGAUGCCGACGCUGAAAAUGGCGAUGAAACAUCGAACAUGGGCAAUAUUGAAGGAUUAAUUGAGCAUUGCUCGAAUCUGGUUGAAGCAAAGUACCUCAUGCAACAUUUAUUCAAUGCAUGCCUCGAACACGCCGUCGCGGCUGCGAAGGCGGAUUCUGCCAACAAGGAGUCAGAAGCACGCAUACAACAACUCGAACAGCAAUCGUACAUCAAUGAACAGCUGCUUUCAACUGUUAUCGAGGAUAAAACGCUAAUCAAUGAUGUGGAGGGAAUGUUUGAGCAAGGCGGACUCAAGAAGAGCCGAUCACCUUCUGUUACAUCACUAAGAAAUGGCAGUACUUCACCGAGUCAUACCGAAGGCUCUGAUGCGGCACCGUUGCCAUAUCGGGCACGUCGUCAUACCGCAACUGCAGAUGAACUCCUUUACCCUGCAGAAAAUGCAGAGCCAACUGCGGCAGCACCCGCAGCGCCUGUAGAACCGAUAAAAACUGAAAAUGGAGAAGAGGAAGGAAAGAAAGAGAGGAAACAUCGAAUUGAUGCAGCCGCACUCCUGUUACCAUCUACAUCAGCGGCAGAAAUGACGACGACACCAUUCAGAAGAAAUGCGAAGUUCCGAAGUACCAUCGCCAAUUUGCCGUCAAGAACAAAUCGAAGUGCAGUGGUCACCUCAUCGAGGCCACCAGUACCUCCGCCUAGCAGAGGUAGACUGGGCAGCCGAAUGUAUUCGACGUCACGACUUCCGUCACUGGCCGAAGUGUCAGCAGGUGGUGACGAAGUGCCACCACCGCGUGAACGUGCCGGAGCCGAUCCACGUGCGUCGAAGUCGGUAUUUGCACGACUCGUGCCGUGGACAACAGAAGCCAGCCCUUCGACGCUUCUGAAUCGAAGACAAGGACGGAUCGUUCCUGUGCGGCCAGGAUCAGCUGGCACACAGUUUCGAGUCGUAUCCCGAACAGCUACUGUUGAGGGACAUUCGAAAGGAGUGCUGUCUGUAGCAGCUACAGAAGAUCUGCUUUUAUCUGGUUCAAAAGAUCGAACCGCAAAGCUUUGGGAUCUUCAAACUGGAAGUGAGGUCCGGACCCUUGGCGUUCAUCCAAACAAUGUCCAUGCCGUACGGUUCAUUCCCAACUCACAGCUUGCUAUCUCUGUGUCAAUGUAUCAAAUUCGUAUCUGGGAUCUAAGGACGCAAGAGUGCUUAAGAGUACUUCAGUCAAGUGGACAAGUGAAUGAUGGCGAUGGGGGUCCGGCCGGAUCGCGUCAGAAUACUGUACCGUUCCUGGAGACCGUGGUCAAUGCUGCUGAAGUAGAUCCAUCUGGUCGAUUACUCUUCACCUCAUUUGGUGGAGAUGUACGAAUCUGGAACUUGGAGAAAUGGGCCUCGUUUGGAAGACUUAUUGGAGCAGUUAAUAGCCCGAGAUCUGAAGUUUCUUGUUUGGCUGUAUCUGAGAAUGCUGACGGUUUACCACAAAUAUUCACUGGAUCGAGGGACCACUAUGUGAAAAUGUUUCAGACAAGUGUGGGAGGUGAAGGAGUUUAUGAAGCAAUGGUAGAUUUUACGCCUCCUCAUUAUGAUAAUGUUACUUGCAUUGUUCCAUUUGGUGGAUGUGUUUUGACUGCUGGAAAGGACAAGAAUAUCAUGAAAUUCGCGCUAACCGAUUACAAGAGAGACCACCUCGAAUUGAAUGCUCAUAAUAGUUUUAUCCAAGGAAUGUGUCUUGUUGGGGAACAUACUGAUCGACCUUUGCUUUGUUCUGUUUGUAAAGAAGGUACGAUGAAAUUCUGGGAUAUCACAACAACACGUCGAUUCAAGAUAGUCGAAGAGAUGUCAAAAGCACAUAGCGAAGCUAUCAAUUCAGUCUGUGCCAACAAAUAUCUGGUGUUCACGGCAUCCAGCGAUCAAACCAUUGGAUUUUGGAAGCAGAAUGUCCAGGAGUAGGCAAAGGAGCGAGUUCCAAAAAUUUUGAUGUCACGAUGUUUUUUGUCUGUACAUAAUAACUUAUGAAUCACUCGAGUAACAAUCAAAGUGCUCUAUUCAUAAAAUCUUCUCAUUUGCUGCUCGAUAUCUAGCAGUUUUUUUCCUUCAUCGUCAAUAACAUAUUUAUGAUCAAAUCAACUUUGAAGGGCCUUCAUCACCCAUAUUUGGUUGUUAUGUUACUAAUUCACUUUUCGUCAUUUCACCUAUUCACUUUUGAUUCGACAUCUGCUGCUCGUUGCUGUGAUUUUUAACAAAAUUGUCCAUAAUGCGAAUCCACUUUUUUUACAGUUACUUUAUUGCUAGCCCGAUGAUUUUCUUCUAAUCAAAAAAUAUAUAGUCCUUAUUUGAUCAUACUUAGUAUGAGCUUAUCAUUUGGUUGUUUUGUGAUAUCAAAAUGUCAAUCAUAAGUAAAACUUUCGAAUCACCUUGUUUC